AUGUGGCUUAAAAUAAAAGCAUUAUUAUGGAAAAGCUUUCAAUUGCGGAAAAGGUAUUGGUUGAGCUCUAUUUUAGAAAUAAUAGUACCAUGUUUAUUAUUCUGUUUCCUAAAAUAUUAUUUGACCAAAAUUAACAUUUACAAUGAUCCAGUAAUUAUAAAAGAAUACAAACCACCUCCUAUUUCUGAACAACAAUUGUACAAUCAAUUUAUUCAACAUACAAUGAAAUACUUUAUCUAUACUCCAAAAACAUUAGAAACUGAAGAAAUUAUGAAAACUGUUGCUAACAAAUUGCUCAUUAAUCUUGAAAAAAUUGAUACGGCAAAAAAUGAAAGUGACAUGAUUCAAAAAAUGAAAAAUGUUUCUGAAGAUGGAUUUGGAAUUGUUUUUCAACAAAUUAUAAGAUCUUAUAUUUUUAAGUACAAGAUAAGAAACACAAAGGAUGUAUGGUUUACAAAUUAUUUGUUUUUAAAGGAAGAAGGCCUUAGUCCAAUUAAUUAUUAUUAUAGCCCAUACUUUUAUGAAGGAUUUUUAUCGUUGCAGUUGGCCUUAGAUAAAGCAUUUAUUAGCUUAGACAAUAACAAUUCUAAAUUAAACAAUUAUAAUUUAGAAAUUCAAUCAUAUCCUCAUGCAGAGUACACACGUGAAUCAAAAUUUGAACAAUUAUUUAAAAUAUUUCUUCCACUGUUCACAGUUUUAAGUUUCUUACUAAUGUGUUCAUAUACAAUUAAAAGAAUUGUUGAAGAAAAAGAUUCUGGUGUAAAAGAACUAAUGAAAAUGAUGGGUCUUAAAUCAUGGAUGAUAUGGACUGGAUGGAUAUUACAUAACUUCUUUGUCUAUGCUAUAUCAAUUACAUUAAUAACAAGUAUUUGUUGUUUUAAAACAUUUAUUGUGAAAGGGCAGUUGUUAAAUCACACUAAUCCAUUACUCUUCUGGAUUUUUCUUGUGAUGUAUAUGAUUGCUGGGAUUUUUUUUUCUUUUUCAAUUAGUAGUGUCUUUAAUCGUCCAUUGGUUGCUUUAAUUGCUGGGAGCAUGUCAUGGUGUCUAUCUUAUAGUUUACCAACUACUUUGUUAACAUCAACUACACACAUUCAUAUUAAAACAUUUUUUAUGUUAUUUCCAAAUUAUGCAGUAACAAAUGCAUUUAAUGUUAUAUCUUCACUGGAAUCUCAAGGAAUUGGUCUUCAAUUUUCCACUUUAUUCACUACUGGGAACAGCAAUAAUCAUUUUUCUGUUGGUUUUAUAUUAAUUAUGUUCAUAAUUGAUUGUUUUUUGUAUGGAUUCAUUGCUUGGUACAUAGACUUAGUAAUGCCAGGAAAAUAUGGUAUUGCAAAACCAUUAUAUUUCUUUUGUAAUUGGUUUCAAAAUAAAACUGACGAAGAUACAAUUGAACGAAUUAGUAAAAACAGUAAUAAGCUUUAUGAAAAACCACCUGAAGAUUAUGAAGUUGGAAUUAGUGUCUUGAAUUUAUAUAAACGUUUUGGAAAUUUGUAUGCAGUAAAUGGAGUAAACUUAGAUUUGUACAAAGGACAAAUAACUGCUCUAUUAGGUCAAAACGGUGCUGGUAAAACAACCACAAUGUCUAUCAUUACAGGUAUUUGAAGUUUAAUUAAGAUAUUUAAUAAUUAUAAAGCUCACCUAUCUUUAUACCUAGACUCAUAAGUAAUUUUAUAGGGUUAUUUUCACCUUCAUUUGGUAGUGUGAAAGUUAAUGGGAAUGAUUUGUUUAGUAAUUUUGAUCAAUUCAGAGAUAAUCUUGGCUUUUGUCCUCAAAAUAAUUUACUUUUUCCUUACUUAACAACGCUUGAUCAUUUAAUAUUUUUUGGAUUGGUUUGUAUUAUUUAAAUAUAUUUAUGUAUACUAAACAUAUAAAAUAGGUAUAUAACCUAAUUAUUCUUACACUUUUUUUAGCUCAAAGGGAUGCUAGUAUUAAAGGUAAGAGCAGAAGGUAUAUAUUUGCUUAAACUUUUAAAUUUAUUACAUAAGAAAGAUGAAUUAGUUAGUAAUCUCUCUGGUGGAAUGAAAAGGAAGUUAUCUCUAGCAAUUGCAUUAGUUGGAAAUCCUGAAGUAAGUAAUUAUGCCACUAAUGGUAUUACUAUAAUAUCAAAUUUUAAUUGUUUAAGUUACACACUAUAACUAAUAAUAUUGAUUUUUUACAGAUUUUAAUCUUAGAUGAACCAACAUCAGGAAUGGAUCCAGAAUCACGAAGAGAAAUUUGGGAUUUACUCUUAGUAAGAUUAUUAUUAGUUUUACAUACCUUUUACUUUAUAUUUUACUUUUAUGAUUAUUUAUUUAUUUAUUUUAUUAGAGUAAUUAAUAUUAAUCAUGGGAUAAUACAUUUUGUGACAUGGGAUGCUGGAAUACUACAACAUCCCAUCUAGUUUGAAAAUUUAAUUUGUUUAAUCACAUUUUAAACAAAACAUUAUAUAAUAGAUUACCGUAGAUAUAACAAAUACAUUUAAUUAUUAUUUUUUGAUGAUAAAAACUUUUAAAUACUUAAAACUUAAAACUUUUAAAAUUUUAAAUAAAUGUAUUUUUUGACUAGUCUUUCAGAGGAUCAAGGACUAUUUUAAUUACAACUCAUUUUAUGGAGGAAGCUGAUGUCCUUGGCGAUAGAAUCGCAAUCAUGGACCGUGGACAAGUUAAAUGUUACGGCACAUCUUUAUUUUUAAAAAAAGUUUAUGGUAAGUGAUGAUUAACUAAAUUUAACUCAUCCAUUUAAUUUAAAAUAAAAACAAUUUUAAAAUAAACAGGAACUGGAUAUAAUUUAACAAUUUUAAAAGAAGAAAUAUUUGCUGAGACUAAAAUUAUAGCAGCUAUAAAAGAAAUUAUACCAGAAGCAGAUGUCCAUAGUACUGUAAUUGCUCAAAUAGUCAUUAAUUUACCAAAUGAAAAUAUUGAUCGAUUUCCUGAUUUGUUUAAAAUAUUAGAAACGAAUGGAAAAAAGUUUGGUAUAAAAGGAAUGGGUUUAUCUUGUACAACAAUAGAAGAAGUUUUUUUGAGGUUAUUUAUUGUUUUAGUAUUUUAUUAGUAUUUACUAGUUUUUAAUUUUACAUUUAUAUAAAUCGAUCAGCUCUGCAAUAGUUCCACGCUGAUUAUAUAAACCUAAAGCACCUCUAGACCGCUGUUAAAACUUAACAAUGGGCCAAAUAGUAUUUAAUAUUAUUGGAAAAGCGUAUAUUCCAAUGUAUAUACAGUUAUAUAUAUAUAUAUAUAUAUUAUUAUAUGUAUGUAUGUAUGUAAAAUUAUAUAGAAAUAUCACCGAAUAUUAAAUGGUAUUUUUAAAGGAUUUUCGAUAUGUAAUCUCCAUAAAAUUGGGUUGUACCCUAACCAAUACAUGACUAGUUUUUAGCACUGACAACAAUAUAAUAUUUUCAAUUUUGAAUUUAUUUAAAUUUGUUCUCAAUUUUAAAUGUACUAUCAGUGUUUGAUUAGAAAAUUUAAAGAAUAGAGAAUAUAAAACUUAUAAAGAAAUUAGCGCCCCUUAAAUUAGUAAACUUCAGGUAACCCGUGAAUAUCUUACCCCCUCCCCCAUAUUCCAAUUUUAAACAUAACUUAGCGCUUAAUAAUUAUUGAAUAAAAACCCUACUUAAUAACAGUACUACAGACUAAAUUGUGGCUAACAUAUUGUGGCCAUACAUUUAUCUUAUUAAUAUAAAGAGGCUUUUUUUUUCUUUUUUUACUAUUUGUAUAGAACUUUUCUACCAAAUAUUUUAACCCAAUUAUAAACUCUAGGGAUGGUAUAAUUUUUAAAAACAUCUUGUAAUUUUUCAGUUAUCAAUUGAAAUUUUCAGCUUAAGGUUUUAUAUGAUUAAAAUUGUUUUAACCCUAAGAAAAUGGUGAAAAAUUUAAUAAUAGUUUGUCAUUAUAAUUAAUCUUAGAAAAAAGUUUUUUUUGUAUAUAAGCACAUAACGUGAACUUUAAACAAAAUUUUAAUUUUUAUAAAAAUGUAAUAAAAUGUUCUUUCCCGUAUAUUAAUAAUAAAUAGUAGUGAUACUCUACAAUUUUUGAAAUAUAAGUUGUAGUACAGUUUUCCCUAAUCAAGUCUUGUGUACUAUUGAAUAUUGAUAAUGAAUCAUGUUUAUCAAACUGAGUUAUUUAUAAUAAUUAUGGUUAUGAUGACUAUGUUCUUUAUAUUAUAUUGUAAUUUAUGUAGUUUUUUUUUUUAUAUAUAUUAGAGCUAAAAAGAAUAUACCUGACACUAAUGAUUUAUCAUCUAUCAACACAUCAGUAUAUGCAGGUAAUUAUUACCAAAUGCUUAUAACUAAGAACGUUAAUUGUGACCAACUUAAUACAACAAUAUGUGCCUGAAUAUUCAUUGAUGUCCAUUAUAGAAGAUCAAAUUAUAUAUAGCCUACCAGUUGAUAACAGAAAUCAAUUGGGUCCCCUGUAUCCUGCUCUCAAAUUUCAAAAACAAAGUUUUAAAAUAGACACUAUUAAAAUAACUAAUUAGUUAUUUUAUUAUAUUGUACCACCUACAGCAUUAACAUUCAAAAUGUAUUAUUCUAAUAAUUAUUAUAUCUUUAAAUUAUUUUAUUUAUUUUAUAGCAUUAAUGCCUAAAUAUGUUAGUGGAAUAAAUUUGAUCAAAAAUCAGUUUAAAGUGUUGAUGAAAAAAAAAAUAUUAUACACAUACAGAAGAUUGCUUUUGACAACGGUUUUUGUAGGUUUUUAUUGUUACCUAUUUGUAUAAAAUAGUAAAAAAAAUUAAAUAACGUUGAUAAUUAAUACUAAUUGUAUUUUUUUUCAGAGUGUUGGAUCAAUUUUAUUAGUUUUAUUUACAAUACACCUAACUAAUUACUUAUUUAAAGCAUCCGACCUUCCAAAAGGAUUGAAUUUAUCAUUAAGUACUUAUAUGGGUAGUACUGUAUAUUACCGUUCUGAAGAUAAUUCUUCAUUUAAUUUGGAAACCCAAUUUGUGGAUAUUUCUAAAGCAAAUUAUGCAACUGUGAAUGAAGUAUCAUCGAAAAAAAAUAUUUUUAAUAGUAAGAAAAAAAAGAAAAUAUAAUUUAAACUUAACAAUAAAUUUAAGUUUAAAUUGUAUACACCGAAAUAGUUAGUACAACAAAUUUGCUAUAUAAUACAGAAUUAGUUACCUUGCUUUACUUUACUUUAUUUACCUAAAUAAAAUGAUAAUUGCACAACAAUUGUGAAUUUGUUAAUUAAUUAAUUUUUUUUUAUAGGUCUAUUAGCGGUGUGUAAUGAAGAUACAUUUAAGUACAGAAGAAAUUGUAUUGUAGCUGGUAACUUCAAUAAGUUAAAUUCAACUGUUAUGUACAACAAUAUUAUAGCUACCCAUGCACCAGCUAUAGCUAUUAACCUUUAUACGAAUGCUCUUCUACAUAAAUUGUCUGGAAACAAUGAAGCACAUAUUUCAACUAUAAAUGAACCAGUCCAACUUAAAAACAUAGUAUAUAAUAAAAUUUAAUAAAAUUAGAUUAUUUUAUUGCACUUAACACAUAAUUUAUCAUUAUUAUCAUUAUUACUACUAUUUUUAGAAUGAAAUGUGUAUUAAUAGAUAUAAUAUUACAUAUAUAGUAAUUAUUUGGCUUACUAUUUUUACGCCGGGUCUACUCUAUUUAAUUGGACACUUCAUGGCGUUACCACUAAAUGAAAGAGUAAGUGGAAUUAAACACUUACAAAUGAUGACUACACUUUCCCCAAUUAUGUAUUGGUUUACAUGUUUCCUUUGGGAUUACUUUUGUUACAUAAUUGUAAUUAUAUUAUUAUUGACUUCUAUGUAUAUAAGUGAUAUUUAUCAUAUAUUCACUGGUGAAAAUGAAAUUAGUAAGUUUUAAAUUAUUUCAAAAAUUAUUUAGAAAAUUUGCAAAACAAAUGAUAUUUUUAUAAUUUUAUUUAGUUGUUCUUAUAAUUUUACUACUUAUAUAUGGCUGGAGUUCAAUAUUCUAUGCAUAUGUAUUUAGUUUUUUUAAAAAAGAUCUAGUCACUUCAAUGUUAUUGUUCAUAUCAAUCAAUUUUACAAUAGGUAAUAAUUUAUUAAAUAGUUACCCAUUGCGUUAAUAAUAAAUGUAUUAAACAUUAUAUCUGUUGACAGGAAUGUUUAUAAAUAAUAUGUUGUAUCUUAUGAAAAAUUUAAUAAGACAGAUGAAUCAAAAUAACCCUUAUAAUUUUUGGAAUAUAAUGAAGCAUAUUGCUUUAAUUAUUCCCCAUUUUUCAUAUUCAUCAUGUAUAACAGGAUUUAUUGAAAUAGCGUGGCAUAAUAACAAAUGCAAAGUUUGUAAAUCACCUGAUAUGCCAAAAAUAUGUCAAAGUUUGUACUUAAUUUAAACACUUAUUUUAUGUUAAUGUUAAUAAUAUCAGUUGUUUAAUGUAAUACUAUAUAUUUUUAAGAUUCAGAUAAUUCUGAACCAAGAAACUAUUUUGAAUUUGAGUCCGAUACAAAUCCAGAUGGUAUUUUAAAACCAACGUUAUGCCUUUUGUUUAGUGGAUUACUGUAUAUAAGCAUAAUAUUAAUUCAUGAUUAUAAAAUAUUUGCAUGCUUAUAUCAAAUGGCUAUUAAUUCAACUAUUGGCACUAAUAUUAGCUAUAAAGAUGAUAAUGAAGAUCCAGAUGUUAGCUGUGAGCAAAAAAAAGUGGAUGCUGCUAAAAAUAAAUUACGUAAUUUCCAUUGGAAUGUUUAGUUAUUUUACUUUAGUAAUUAUCUUAAAUAAUGUAUUCAUUCAAAUUUUAGAUAGUGAAAAAUCACCCAUUUUGGUCGUUGAUGACUUGGUCAAAAAGUUUAGCUUUAAAUUUUCUGGUGUUCGGGGUAUAAGCUUUGCAGUAGAUCCCGGUGAAUGUUUUGGACUAUUAGGUGUAAAUGGAGCUGGUAAAACAACUAUAUUCCGAAUUUUAACUGGAGACAUAUUCCCUUCCAAAGGUGAUGCUUUCAUUCAAACUGAUAAAUUAUACAAACUUAGCUUUAACACGAAGAAGGUAAAUAAUAAAAUAAAAAUUGUAAAUUUUACAAUCUGAUAAAUUAAUGUACAAAUAUAAUUGUAUAGUAUGUUUCUAUGAUUGGCUAUUGUCCUCAAUUUAAUGCAAUAAACGAUAAACUUACUGCAAGAGAAACUUUAUACUUAAUGGCUAUUUUGAGAGGGGUAUCACCUUUAAGUAGUAAAAAUCAUGUUGAUAAAUGGAUUAAACUCUUGGGUAAGAAUAAUACAGUAAUACCCUUGUUUACAUUUUUAAAGAUUAAUUAUUUUGUAUUAAAAAAUCACUGUUAUUUUAGGUCUUGAAGAAUAUAAAGAUAGACCUUGUGGAAAAUAUAGUGAAGGAAAUAAAAGAAAAUUAAGCAUAGCAAUAGCAUUGAUUGGAAAUCCCCCAAUCGUGUUUUUGGAUGAACCUACCAGUGGAGUAGACCCAGUUGCUAGACGCAAUCUAUGGCAAUUAUUGGCUGCCAGCCAAAGAGGUGGACAAACCAUUGUACUUACAUCGCAUAGGUUGUAACAAUAAAUAACUGACGAUUUAUCAGGUUUUAAUUAUUUGCUUUAUCAUAGUAUGGAUGAAUGUGAAGCUCUUUGUAAUCGUUUGACAAUUAUGGUGGACGGUGUAAUGAAAUGUAUUGGCAAUAUACAAUAUUUGAAAAAUCGUUAUGCACAAGGUUUUACUGUAAUGGUUAAACUACGGAAUAGUGGUAUUACCAAAAUAGCUGAUUUAAAAACUAAUAUAGAAUUUCCGUUUGCUCCAUACAUAAUUUUAAAGGACGAACAUAAAGUAAGAAAAAGCUACUGUUGUGCUUUACUCAAAGCAUCAUUAUAACUAAAUAUUUAUUGUAUGAAUUAUUUUACAAAAUACAAAAUUGAAAAACUGUAUUAAAUUAACUACACAUUCAGAUCAUAUUAAAUCUUAACACAUCAAUUUUUAAACAAUAAUUAAAUAUGUAAAAUGUAUUCAAAUUAUCAUAUGUAAGUAAAAAUAUUAAUUUUAGAUUCAAAGCAGAGCGAAGUAAAACCAAUAUUAAUUUGUUUUUUCUGUGAACUUUUUUACGAGCAAUUUUGAUCCGAUUUUGAACAAUAUAUUGUUGACAAUUUCUUGUUUUUCCUACGGUUUUCCUAUAUUUUUCUCGGUUUUUCUCAUUCAUCAAGAAAAUUAAAAAAUUACCUCUUUAAAGUACCACCCCAGUCAGAUUUCCUUUUGGAAAAAGUGCUAUCAUUAUAAAUCGAAGCAAAAUUACUGGUAGAAAAAAUGAUUACAGGAAAAAAAAUAUAAACAUCUUUGUAAAACCAUAAGCUUCUUUGCUUCACACAUAGUAAAACCAAUAUAUACCGCCAAAGAAAUAUUCAAAACGACACGACUCUAUACUUUUUAACACGAUAACAACAAAAACUGGUACGGCACUGCUCACCCUACCGUACGCUAGAACCACCACUGGUUUUCAUUUAUUAUUAUUUAGUAUACACUGCGAUUCAACAAUUAUUGAUUCCUGUUUAUUUUGUUGAUGGGUUCUGGUGUCGGCUUUGGUGUUACUAGCUUUGUAAUACCAAUUACUUGAGCAAGCCGGAACGGGAAAACACUCUUUGACAUUUUAGUUUAUUAUCAUCUUGAUAUUUGCUUAUGGUUUGGCAACAUUUGCGAGAUUCCUUCUCUAAAACCAAUGUCUCUACCAAAAUUAAUGGCAAUUAAUAGAUUUCAAUUGUAAUAUUUGUAGCAAUAUUUGCGCACUUUUCUGUAUAAAUCAAGGCACAACUGAUAGGUACUUAAUUUAUAAUAUGCUUCUUUACUAUAAAGGAAUUAUAAUUGUAUUUUCGUUGCAGGGAUUAUUACAUUAUCAUAUUACCAAUCAACAUAUACAAUUGUCGAAUAUAUUCUGUCAUAUGAAAGCUAUUAAAGACAAUUACAAUGCAGUUGAAGAUUUCAUUGUUGGUGACACAACACUUGAACAAGUAUUCCUAGCAUUUGCAAAAAGAAAGCAAGUUUCAAGCAAAAAUGAUUAA